GUAAAAAUUUUAAUGGAUAAUUAAGGGGGAAAUUUGCAUUUGAUCAAAAUAAACUGUCAAUUGUUUUGCAUCUCUCCCUCUUUCUCCGAUCCGAUGGAGCUUUCCGUCUCUUCUCAUCUCCUCAACUCUUCUUCUUCUUCGUCUCAGUUACCGAAAACUAGGGUUAGGGUUUCACACAACACUCUCACCCCAUUCGGCUUCCAACAACAACAACAACAACAACCACCACUGUCCUCUACACAUCUCCGCCGCAGCCUCAGUCCAAUGGACGCUCACCGGAGAACAAUCACUCGCGCCUCUAUCGUCCAAGACAAUGGCUCUCCGCCAACGCCCUCACCAAUUAACAUCGGUGCUCGAAUCGGAGAGGUGAAGAGGGUUACGAAAGAGACCAACGUGUCGGUGAGAAUAAACUUGGAUGGUUCGGGUGUCGCUGACAGCAGUACUGGGAUUCCAUUUCUUGAUCAUAUGCUUGAUCAACUUGCUUCACAUGGACUAUUUGACGUGCAUGUGAAGGCUACUGGUGAUAUUCAUAUUGAUGAUCAUCACACGAAUGAAGAUGUUGCCCUUGCCAUUGGAACGGCUUUGCUGCAGGCACUUGGUGACAGAAAAGGAAUUAACCGUUUUGGUGACUUCUCAGCUCCACUUGAUGAAGCACUAACACAUGUGGCACUGGAUUUAUCUGGACGGCCACAUUUAAGUUAUGAUUUACGCAUACCUACCCAGAGAGUUGGAACUUAUGAUACACAGCUGGUGGAGCACUUCUUCCAGUCUUUGGUCAAUACUUCUGGUAUGACACUUCACAUUCGCCAGCUUGCUGGGAAAAAUUCUCACCAUAUAAUUGAGGCAACCUUCAAGGCUUUUGCAAGAGCACUUCGACAAGCAACAGAAUAUGACCUACGUCGUCAUGGGACUGUGCCAAGCUCAAAAGGGGUUCUGUCGCGUACUUGAUACUCUUAGAUCAUCAGACAAAGGUGGAUCAUUAUAACCAGAAGCUAAAAUUAUUCAUCAGAACAGUGCCAUUACGAUACUGCAAAAAUGAAUUAAUGUGAUGCUAUAUAUGCUGUUCUGGUGAUGGAUGUUCAAGGCGUUGAAACUUGGAGGCAGUCAAUGCUCGUGUAUUCAAUUUAUGCACACUUGGAAACAAGAAGUUACGCGUGUCAUUAACAAUAAAACAUUUGUAAAAUUAUGUUAAAUGUGGAGCUCUUCAUUUGCUAGUUGUUUGUUGUUCAGAAACCAAUGACCACUAUGUUAGGACUUGUGAUGUUGCAACAUUUCUUGAAAGCAGUGCAUUUUCUGCAGAUUCCACCAAGUUGUGUUUCUCUUAGAACAAUAGAAAUAACAUAGGUGAACUCAUUUACAUUUUGUUUUGAAUGGUAUACCUUAUCAAAACCUGCAGUUCGAAUCAAUGGAAGCUUAAUUGUGUUUGUGUA